AUGCCCAUCUCCGUCCCGCACAUCCGCCGACGGUCAUCGCUUGCCAGUAAUCGUUCACACGAUGAGCCCAAAGCUGAGCCCGUGAGCGGGGACGACGAGAUCGUCGAGCCCGACCAGGGAAAUGUUCUUUCCCACAUUAUCUCGCAGCUCCGACCGGGAGCUGACCUGAGUCGGGUCGUCCUGCCCACUUUCAUUCUCGAACCCCGAUCUAUGCUGGAGCGCAUCACCAACUUCAUGGCGCAUCCCGAAACACUGCUUCCUAUGCCAACCAUAGAUGACCCCCUAGAACGAUUCGUUUCCGUCGUCAAGUUCUAUCUCAGCGGAUGGCACAUCAAACCUCCAGGAGUAAAGAAGCCGCUGAAUCCGAUCCUCGGAGAGACUUACACCUGUUAUUGGGACUACCCCGACGGUACCCGUGGGUACUAUAUCGCCGAGCAGACCUCUCACCACCCGCCCAAAUCGAGCUACUUCUUCAUGGCACCCGAGCACAACAUCCGGAUAGAUGGCACCUUGAAACCCCGCAGUAAAUUCCUCGGAAACUCGGCCGCUAGUAUGAUGGAGGGUAUCGCGAUCCUGCGGUUCUUGAACCGCGGACAGGACAAGGAGAAGGGCGAACGAUACAUCUUGACGCAACCGAACAUGUACGCCCGCGGCAUUCUUUUCGGGAAGAUGAAAUACGAGUUGGGCGACCACAGCUACGUGCGGUGCCCCGAGAACAACCUCGUUGCCGACAUUGAAUUCAAGACCAAGGGCUACUUCUCUGGUACUUACAACGCUAUCGGUGGGACAAUCAAGAACGAAAAGACCGGCGAGGUAUACUAUGAACUGUCCGGUCUCUGGAACGGCGAGAUGCACAUCAAAGAUGUUCACACCCACAAGAAGGACUUGCUCUUCAACGCUACGCAUGCGAAGCACACCCCUCCCUUGACCAGACCUAUUGAACAGCAGGGCGAGCGCGAGUCGCAGCGACUGUGGCAACCCACCGUGAAGGCGAUCAUUGCUAGGAAUCAUGAGGCAGCUACGGAUGAGAAAACCAAGAUUGAGGACCGCCAAAGAGAAGAGGCGGCGAAGCGUGCCGAUGAUGGCGUCGAAUGGCACCCCCGGCUGUUCCGACGGGUGCAGGGCGGGCCCCACGGCCCCGAUGAGGGAGAAGAGGACCUAGACUGGAUCAUCAAUGCACACGUCGACUCGCACAACCCCGAGCUCGCUGCCAAACAGAUUCUGGCCAUUGCCCCGAUCCUCGAAGGUCAGACAGAACCCACCCAGUUCCAGAUUCCCGCACACAAGGGUAAGGAGUCUGCUGCGACAGCCGAUCCAGCCGAUGGCGCUGACUCCGCUCAGAGCGAGCCUAAGAAAGAAGCAGAAGAAGCCGUCGAACGCAAGGACUCACGGACAUCGGAUGUCGAUGCCUACGUCGAUGCCAAGGAGACAUAG